AGUCACGUGAUAUUUCUGCAUAAUGAGGACAGAAAAGGCUUAGUCUCGAAAAUGCCACUCUUAGCUAUCGUCUUUAAAAGGCAAGCUCUUUUUCUCGAUUAUUGUAAUAGUUUAUUCUCUUCUAUAUUUUCUGAAGAGAUAUGCUACCUACAGUAGAUAUUUAAAUAAAUGCAAUCGCCUUAAAAAUACGACUGUCAGAGCGGAAGUAUCGCCAUUUUUGUAUUUACUGCGCAUGCCCGAGUAGCGGUCUGUGCGCAAAAGGGGAAUGUUUCAUCAAUCAAAAGUAUGAUUACACUUUUUAAUCAAAAUAUAUAUGAUUAUCCUUAAAUUUAAGUUUGAAAAACUAUUUAUUUUUAUAAAAACUUUUUUAAUAAUUCUUUAUGAGCUAAAUUAUUUUUUUUAAAAAAGCAUUAAGUAUAAAAAUUUUUUUUACUGAAAUUAUGCCCAAAGAGUUGUUUUGUCGGCCAUGAUCGUCUGUUUCCGAAUGCGCUGUGUUACAUUGUGUGAAGUGGUAGUUUUUAAUGAAAUGCUCGAAAUCUACGGACAUUUGAUCUGUUAGAAUUAUUCGUUUAUGUGAUUCUACAUUCCUGCUCUUACUUCUAAAGCUGACAAUAUGUAUGAUCCUGCCUAUCUUUCAGUAGGAACUGAAGUAAGUGCAAAAUAUCGAGGCGCUUUUUGCGAGGCACGAGUAAAGAAAGUUGUGAAACAUGUUAAAUGCAAGGUGACGUUGGUAGACCAAACGCAACAGUCAUUUUUUCUAAGUGAUGAAGAUAUACAAGGGCAUAUUAAGCUAAACAACAAAGUGAAGGUAAAAAGAUCAGAUAGCGACGAAUGGUCACAAGCUAUCAUCAAUAAAAUUAUUGAUUCAAGUACCUACACCGUUGAGUUUAAUGAUGGAGACGAAAAUACUCUAAAACGGACACAAAUAUGUCCCAAAGGCGACAAGCAUUUCGACAAAAGCGAGACUCUAGAUAAUUUACCGUUAUCUCAUCCUGAGCAUUUUGGUAUUCCUGUCAAAGGCAAGGACAGCUCAAAGAGAAAGAAGAAUAUCAAUGAAUCUGAUGAAAGUGAUUCGGAGAAUGAUGAAGGACCUGAAAAGAAAAGAGUUUUCAAAGGAAAAGCAUCUGAUUCCAUCGGUCUUCUCGUAUUAGCAGAUGUUGGUGAACGUAAAAAACAAACAGCCCCAUGUUUAAUAGUAAAGUUGACCGCAAGUGAGAUUCCCGUUAGAGCAAAGGAUCAAGUCCUUGUAAAAAGCUUUAGAGAUAACAAAUUCUAUGCUGUGUCUAAGAAGGAUAUGAAGGAGUUUGACAAAGAGGAUGCCAAAAGAUAUGAUGAUAAAAUGCUGAGAACAAGUAUAGAGAAAGCAUUAACAUACUUGGACACCCGUGAGUUACCUUCCAAUUGGCCAAAGAACUUAUUAGCGGAUGAAGACCCUACAAACGAUACUGAAAUAGACGAUGAAGAUUCUGAGGAUGAGAAGUCCAGUUUAGAGAGAGAUAAUUUUAUAGCUCAUAUAUACAAGUUUAACGAAGAAAAUGGAAGUCCAAUCAGUAAAACACCGACUGUUGUCAAUAAGGAACUGGACUUAUUUAAGUUCUCUCAAUUGGUUCGUCAGCAAGGUGGAUUCAACAAUGUUACAAAAACUAAUAAAUGGAAACAUAUAUACUCACGGAUGGGAUUACCUCCUUUCAACGGGGGUGUAACGCAACUGAGAAAAGUUUAUAAACGUUAUCUUCUGAGUUAUGAGGACUUUGGCAGAAAAUAUGAGGCAAUUGAGUGUCGAUCAUCAGGUCGUACUCGCGCAACAACAGCCAGAAUGGCUAUAUCACAAAAAGAGAAAUCAAAAACAAUUGAAGAUAGUGACAAUGACGAUAAGUCAUUUACAAAAGAGGGAGAAUCAACAAGCAAUAAUGAUAAACCUAAAUCUGGAGUAGGAAAUGACCCUAGAAGUGAAAAAUCCAUUAUUCUUGAACCUGAUGAAAGCAAGUUGAAAAGGAGACUUGGUUUAAAAGAGGAGGAUAACAUUCGUAAGCCACGCGUUUCUAACUCUAGGGAUGAUACCCCUGGGAGGAUUAUGGUUAUGCGUGAAAAAGGAGGAAGAGAUGAUUCUAAAAAACCUUUUGGAAAUAGAAAAGAAGAUGAUGAUAAAAGAAAGCGUCCUCAAAGAACUAGAAACACUAAAGACGACGAGGAGGAAUCAAAAUUGGACAAAAGAAAAAAAUCUAAUGAUUUGAAAUCAGAUGCGACGUCAAACUUUGAUUCAUCUGAACAAGAUAUCGACAUAUCGAGUUCUGAAAGUGCAACACCAAAAGGAAAUAAUUUACCUGAUGUUAUACCUAUUAAUUCUCGAUUAUUAGUGAGAUACGGACGGGGACGAACCCUUAAAGCUUAUGAUGCAAAAGUAAUUAGCACGGAGGAGCAAAAUGAUGAAACUUUCUAUCUGGUCCAUUAUGCUGGAUGGAACAACAGGUAUGAUGAGUGGGUUGGAAGAGAAAAAAUUGUACAAAUGCUAGAAGAGGGCGAUGGAAAGUAUCAAAUGAAAAAUACACGUCCCUUUGUAUCACCAAGAAAUAAAAAUGCUGUUGUGGAAAAAGCACUUCCUGGAAGGAAAAAGCUGCUCUGUAACUCGGCUGAGGGUAAAUUUAAGACAAAAGCUGGGGUAAAAUCAAAUACUCAGACUAAGGCUGGUCGAUUAACUCGAUCCUCCAGCAUGGAAACGGCUCAGCUUCCCCCACCCCCUCGAAAAGGCAGAGCCCGCAAAACUUCAAGUGUUGCUGAUAAUGACAGUCAGACGUCAGAUGUCAAAAGUACAGACGAUUCGUUUCAAACUGAAGAUCCACUAGCGAAUGAAGUCACUGAAGAUGAAACAAUAUCUAUAAAAGACGAGAAAGUUGCAGAGGAACCUCCUAUAUUAGUCGAAGUUAAAACCGAACAAGCAAUGAGCAUAGUUGAAAAAGAAUCUCCUGAGGUUGAAGUUAAACAGGAAGUGAACAAAGAAGUAGUUGAAGCAAAAGUAGCUGUCGAAUUACCAGUAAAAUCUCCAGGACGAGGUAGACCUCGUUCCUCAACCAAGUCUCCGAAAAAUGCCUCUGUAAAAUCCCGCAAUCUAAAAGCUGAGCGUGAAGAACAAAAAGAAAAGGAAGAACCACCGAAAGAAAGUGUUAAGCCGAAAGAAAGUGUUAAGCCGAAAGAAAGUGUCAAACCGAAAGAACAGCCUGUUGUAGUUGAACCAGAACUCAAAGAGGAAACUGAAGAAAAAAAGAAGCUGGAAGAAAAUGUACCUGAAGUUACAUUAACAGCUAAAGUUGAGGAAAUGAAAGAGAUAGAACAAAAAGAAGAAACGACUGAAUGUGUUAAGCCCGAGGAAACUGAAGAAGUUAAAGAUGAUAAGGAGCCAGCUAUCGUUGGAGAUGUAGACUUGACUUGUAAUGAAAUUGGGGCAAUAGAGAAGAUGGAAGCUCUGGCCUCUCAAGAAGAAGAACGAAAGGAGACAGAGUGUCGAUUACUUGAAUCUGUAGGUGAUGCUGCCGCAGCUGAAACAGACACCAAAAAUGCAAAGAAAAUUAAAAAAGCAAAGAAAGUGGACAAAGUGAAAGUUUUUAACGAUGACGAAAAGAAAAAGAAAAGUAAGAAAGAUAAAGACGAUGCCAGUGCAUUUACUCCGCCAUAUACUCCCCCUGAAGAUAUGGCAAAAAAUAAAAGUGCUUCUUCUUCACCAUCAGCACAAGGUGAUGAAGUAGGAGGAAAUCCUUCACCGAUUAGCAAUGGAAAUUUAACUGCAGACAAUGUGUCUGUUGCAUCGACCUCCCGUCCCACAGAGCAAGUUACUCAGGUACCUGUAUCCGCUCCUGUCAAGAAAAGAAGACCCAGGUUACGGGGUCGCAGAUCAGCACGCCACAAUAGCGACAGCGAUGAUAACCUCAAAAGUCCAAAUUUCCAUUCCCCAUCCAAAUCUAUUCCUACAUUAAUUCACGUUGAUCCUCAGCAAAUGGAACUAACUUUGAAAAAGUAUAAUUUGUCUUUCGACGAAGGCGAGCAAUUAGAUGGAGACAAUAAGAUUGCUUUCUUACAAAGGAAAAUGCAAGAAAUUCGCACCAUUUAUAUGCAGUUAAAAAGCGACUUAUCUUGUUUAGACAGGAGAAUUCUUCUUAAUCGUUAUAAUAUUAUAUGCCAAAGGGAAAAGUUUUUAAAUACUGAAGAAUACUUCAAUUUUGUUGAAGAAAUAAUGAACGAUAUUGGUUGUAUAAAUAUUGGCUUGGAAGAGAAAGAAGCUUUAUCUCAACUUUUACUCAAGCUACUACUUUUAACUUGUUCUAAGAUGUCUAAUUCAUUAUUUCAUGACAAAUGCAGAAAUUCUCAUAGACUUCUUGAUCGACUUACUCAAAAUAUUUAUCGUUUAUAUUUACAUCCCGAAGUUUUCAGUGAUAGGAAUUAUAUUCGAAAAAAUCUGAAAGCAUAUGAGGAUAAUGAUGAAUUUUUUUCGAAACUUGGAUACUCAUCUUUAAGUAAGACAAUAUACUGUAUUCUAAAAGAGCCUUGGAGUUUAUACAAGAAACUUUUAAACCCCGAAAUCAAUACAUUUCCAUACAGAGUAUACUUAUUUAACAACUGCGAAAGUGAGGAUUUAAUUCGCUGUCGAAUUCGCCUUUUGAUUGAGGCGAGGCAACAUAACCUUGUCUUAUUCGUCUUAAAUUCCUGGCUACAGUUUGAAUCAGUUCGCUAUAAUUCAGAGUUAAGAUGUUAUGCAAUAGUAAAUGCCUAUCUAUAUGGUGAUAUUGGGGCUCUAAAUGAAUAUGGCAAAGCAAAAGAAAACUUUGGAAUUAUUUUGAAAUGCGUUAUGUUUUCACUUGCAAAAGUUUUUUAUUUUGCUGAAGAAGACAAGGAAAGUGAUUUACUUGAAACUGCAAAUCUAUUUGAAGCCUUAUCUAAUACAAUGAAAGAUGCUUAUCCUUUGUUUCGCCGUGCUGCAUCAUUAGCGAGUUUCACGUUAAAACCGAGUAAAUCGACGAAGGAUGCGAUCAUUGACUCAUAUGAAAGACUCCAAGAACCUCUAACUUCAAUUCUUAUCAUUCAGAAGCACGAUAUAAAAGGCCAAUUUGAUCAUAAUUUACGUGGAAAUAUUAAAACUUUUCGAGAAUUUUUUUAUUCGGACUCAAAACGAGUAAUCGUUAAAGAAAUAACCAAGGCUAUGACAAAUAUAAGGAGCUAUUGUGCUACAAAUGUAGAUUGGCCAGAGGAAAUUAUUCUUUUCGAAUAUGCUUUACCAACUUUUGAGAUCGACGACGAAAAUAUUUUAAUUGCGGUCUUUCAUAUUCUUGCAGCUGUGACUCGGCGUCGACUGUUGGCGCUGACUCACGAUAAGGAGAUUUUAAAAAAUGUUCUUGACGAUAUGCUUGAAGCUAUAGAUAGGAAUAUAAGUGUCGAAAGAGAGUCUGUUAGACUGCAAAGUGUGUGCGAUGAAACAGCUGGGUCACUCACGUCAAAUAUUAAUACAUACCUACAAAAUAUAGAUAGAAUAUUUCCACCUCUCGAAGAUGGUUUGCUUAAAAUGAAUAGUAUCUUUGACAAAAAGAAACUGGAAUAUGAAAAGAAAUAUAAUAACUGUGAAAUUGAACUUCGCAAGAAGAGAAAGAUUGGCUUGGCAUGUUAUCACGCUGCUUCUCUAGACUAUGAUUCUGAUAUGAAAUGCCGGUUAUCAGGGAGAAAGUCUGACAUGGAAACGUGCGAUACUAAAUACACUAUACGUGUCAAAUUUAUCAAAGAAAAGAUAUCAGAAACAGUUGAUAAAUCUUUUUUGAUACCGUUUUCUGAUCUGAAUUCUAGAGUAUUGUCGGAAACUUAUAGCAAUGCUAUUUUCAAAGAGUUUGAGCAAUAUCCAGCUUAUUUCUACAAAACAAAAAUGAAUGCAGAUAAAUAUGCAAUAAUGUUUUUUGACGAAUCGAAACAGUAUAUCACCCAGACAACACUAGAAAAUGUUCAAGAUUGCGGUAAAAAAAAGAAUACAUUAGAAAAGAAAGACGCGUAUUAUCCAGACGAAGAAUAUGCUUUUUCUGAAAUUUACUCAAGAACUUUGUGGCGAAGUAAAUCAGACUUCGUUUCAAUCGAAAAGUUAAAGACUUUUAAUGAUUUUUGUGAAUGCGCUGUUUCUUCAACUGAAAUAACUGUAGCUUGCGAUAAAAGUCCAGAUAAAAAGAGAAAAUCUAACCGGUUAUGUAAUCGUAAAGGGUUUCUUGGUAGGGAGUCACUUGUUAUAAAAUGCAAUAUGCUUAAUAGACAAGGAUUAAAUAAAAGGCCGCAAGUACGAGUUUUAGCUGAGGCAAUUUCAUCUUAUAAAACAAAAAUUGAAAUAAUUAACUGUCCUGCUGACUUCUUUAAAUUCCUUCCCGAUUGCCAACUUAAACCGGAAGUUGGUUACUUUUAUGAAGAAAACAGAGCUAAUAAAUUAGAAGCUGAAUUGGUGUUAGUCAAUACCCCAAGCGUUCCUUGCGAACUAAUCGGGGAUAAUGUAAAUUUAACAUUAAUUCUAGAGCCACCUGCUACUGAGAUAGCUCGCUAUUUUUUCAAGCCCGAUGAUCGGCAGGAUUGGCUGAGCUGGAUCAUACAAAUGAAUAUGACUGAUCAUGAUAUACAUUAUUUUCUAAUUUCUAAUAUAAUAAGACCAAAACACUGUAAAUUUUCAGGCCCUAAGAUUCUACUAUCCAACAUUAAUAUACUAUUUCAGCCCUUUGCCUUCAAAGUAAAUAUCGUUUUAAUUGAUAAUAUUCUAAGUUUAUUCAAAAUGGAAGAAUUAAAGAUGUUGGAUACCAUUGUAUUUUCAAUGAAUACUAUUGUGGAAGUUACUAUACGCGAACCUGAGGAUGAGGAAGAGAAGGCUUUAAUGAUAAAUAAAAUAAGACAAUUAAUUGUUAAAAAGAUAUUAGCUGAGGGAUGUGAAAGUUCUCAUGGAGCAGCCCUCUUAAUUCAAUAUUUACCAUAUGCCCUUAACAUAAAAUACGGAAAGAUAGAUUAUUGGCCGGAGGGAGAUAUAUAUGUUUUUAUUGAACACGCUGAUGGAGAAGUUGGAGUUUUAUUUUACGAUUACUGUUGUUACAAGGAAAAAUCAGUAGCAUAUAGUAUGCCUAACGAGGUUAUUCGAGAUGAAAAUGGGAUUAAUCGCAUUGUGAUAAAAAAGGAAGAUCAACUUUGGGAAUUUCCUUUAGAUAAUUGCCCUAAACGCCCGAAAUAUAGAUCGUAUCCGAAUGAGACGUCGCUAAUUAAGCAAUAUGCUGAAAACCUGCUAAAUGAAAUUUAUGGAGUAGGAGUGGCAGAUUAGAAGAAACAUUUAAGUCUAAAAACUGUCCCUGCAAAGAAGACUUAUCCAAGAGAACAAAG